AUGACUGUGCUCGAUCCCUUGGUUGUCGAAAAGUACCAAUUUAAUCGCCAUAUCUGGGACGUCGAAUACGACUACUUUCCCAUACAACGGAAGUUUGUCAUGGCCAUUUACGCACUCUUCACUCUCGCGUCUGGUCUCGUCAAGAUGUCCGUUCUUCUAUUCUACCGACGCCUAUCCUCUCGUUCCGUGUCUCCAACCUUCCGAUGGACUAUGCGAAUCAUGAUGGUUGUCGUUGGCGGCUACACGAUAGCUUUCAUCUUAGUACUUAUCCUUACAUGCAACCCCAUCGAAGCAUACUGGCUACAAGUGAAGGUCAGCAAUGUCCUGAACAAGCAGGGGUAUCCACACGAAUGCAUCAACGAAGGUGCAGAUAUCGUCGCGAACGGGAUCAUUUCUACUGUCCAGGACUUCAUUGUCGCUUUCCUCCCCUCACUGCUCUGCUGGAAACUCCAAAUGCCCACCCGCCAGAAGUUUGCACUCUACGGCAUUUUCGCUAUCGGUUACUCGACAGUGGCUAUCGGUGCGCUUCGCAGUUACUCUACUUACCUCAUCUAUUUCAAAACUUACGACGUUACUUGGGGCGCAAACGACUGCUUCCUCUACGCAAUGCUCGAAUUGCACAUUGGCGCAAUAUGCGCAAACGCCCCCGCACUCAAGGUGUUCUUCAAGCAGAUACUGUCUUCAGACCGCGUCACCAAGAUCAUCUCACGAUCUAGCAAAUCGCGAUCCAAUGGCUCACACAACGGCCCAAAACAAGAGCGGACCAAGUGCAUUGGUAUCGAAGUCUUCGGCUUGGAUCCCAAUAAUGUUCUUGAGGAGCUCCUAUUCUACAAAUAG